UCAACAAUCAAUUGAGCCGAACGAUCACUGAUCGCAGCAGCCAAAUACCGCUUAAUGCGCAAAUAAUUGUGGAUUUCGGAGAAACGGGGCUAACCAGAGUUCCAUAUAAAUAAGGGCUGGUCUAGGCAGGAGUUCCAAAGUUCUUCCAAAACUCCGACGGUACAGAAUGCUGCGAGAGAUCUGCUUUUUCCUGCUCAUCUGUGUGGCCUUUCAGGCUGCCUUGGCUUGCAAUGGCUACAAGGCCAAGCUGGUGAAGAUGGAGAACUGUGCUGGCGAGGAUGCCAUCAUGACGGUGGGCAGCGACUUCAGCCUGAGGCUGAACAAGAAGUGCGAGCUGGUUCCCUCGGGCUGCAUCAGCAACAAGCCCUUCGGCACCGCCGUGGCCAAGUUCAAGGUUCAGAAGGACGGCAUCGUGAUGAAGGAGGGCAAGAUCGACCUGUGCGCCGCCAUCGACCAGGCCUCCUCCGAGGGCAAGGACAUGCUGAAGCUCUUCGGAGCCCCCUCCUCCUGCCCGGUGGCCGAGGAGAAGGUCUGCGCCAACGACCACACCGUGGAUCUCAGCAAGUACAAGGCCAUGUUGGGCAUGGCGCGCGGUCACCUGAUCAUCGAUUCGGAGGUCAAGCAUGACACAGGCAAAUCCUGCUUCCAUGCCGAAAUCGAACUCACCAAGAACUAAGUGUGAAAUCAGACACGAGUCCUAAGUUUUAUAUUAUGAGUCUUGCAAACCUUGUAGUUGUAAGUACAAAUGCAAUCAAAACUGGUAAUGAGGUGCACACAAAAAAUAAAUAUUCAAAAAA